ACGGGGCUGGGGGGCCGGGCCUGGGGCUGGGUCUCUGUACAGAACGUGGCCUCUUCGCCACUUCAGGGCCUAACCCCCUCCAGAAGAGGGCACAGAAGGGUCUUGAUGAAAUGCCCUGAGACCUCCUCCCUCUGGGUUCUGGGGCUGAGGACUGGCCCAUGGGAGCCCAGGCCCCGGGCUGGCCGGGAGCAGCUGCCUCUCACACUGGCUCUCCCCACACCUUGCAGCCCGUGGCAUCGGGGGUCUGGGGCACCAUGGCCCAGGCCCUGGGCGAGGACCUGGUACAGCCCGGUGAGCUGCAGGAUGACUCCAGCUCUCUGGGGUCUGACUCAGAGCUGAACGGACCGGGCCCAUAUCGCCGGGCCGACCGCUACGGCUUCAUUGGGGGCAGCUCAGCAGAGCCGGGGCCCGGGUGCCCUUCCGUGGACCUCAUCCGCCAGCGGGAGAUGAAGUGGGUGGAGAUGACCUCGCACUGGGAGAAGACCAUGUCUCGGAGGUACAAGAAGGUAAAGAUGCAGUGCCGGAAGGGCAUCCCUUCAGCCCUGCGUGCCCGGUGCUGGCCCCUGCUGUGCGGGGCCCACGUGUGUCAGAAGAACAACCCGGGUACUUACCAGGAACUGGCUGAGGCCCCAGGAGACCCACAGUGGAUGGAGACCAUCGGCAGGGACCUGCACCGCCAGUUCCCUCUGCACGAGAUGUUUGUGUCACCCCAGGGUCACGGGCAGCAGGGUCUCCUGCAAGUACUCAAGGCCUACACCCUGUAUCGGCCGGAGCAGGGUUACUGCCAGGCCCAGGGCCCCGUGGCUGCCGUGCUGCUCAUGCACCUGCCCCCAGAGGAGGCCUUCUGGUGCCUGGUGCAGAUCUGCGAGCUCUACUUGCCUGGCUACUAUGGGCCCCACAUGGAGGCCGUGCGGCUGGACGCCGAGGUGUUCAUGGCCCUGCUGCGGCGGCUGCUCCCUCGAGUGCACAAACACCUGCAGCAGGUGGGCGUCGGGCCCCUGCUCUACCUGCCCGAGUGGUUCCUGUGCCUCUUCGCCCGCUCCCUGCCUUUCCCCACGGUGCUGCGCGUCUGGGACGCCUUCCUCAGUGAGGGUGUCAAGGUGCUGUUCCGCGUGGGGCUGACGCUGGUGCGCCUGGCGCUGGGCACCGCGGAGCAGCGCCUGGCCUGCCCGGGGCUCCUGGAGACGCUCGGCGCCCUUCGAGCCGUCCCCCCUGCCCAGCUGCAGGAGGAGGCCUUCAUGUCCCAGGUACACGGUGUGGCCCUGUCGGAGCAGGACCUGCAGCGGGAGAUCAAGACCCAGCUGGCCCAGCUGCCGGAGUCCACGUCCGGGCCGCCCCCUCGACCGAAGGCCCGCCUGGCCGGGGCCCAGGCCAUCUUCGAGGCCCAGCAGCUGGCCGGGGCGCGGGGCAGCGCCAGGCCCGAGGUGCCCCGCAUCGUGGUGCAGCCCCCGGAGGAGCCCAGGCCGCCUCGGCGCAAGCCCCAGACCCGAGGCAAGACUUUCCACGGGCUCCUGACUCGGUCCAAGGGCCCCCCGAUCGAGGGCCCCCCCAGGUCCCAUCGAGGCUCCACCUCCUUCUUGGACACCCGGUUCUGAGGGUCCCACCACCACCACCACCACGGACCCCACCCGCCUGCCCAGCCGACGCCGCCUCACGGACGGGCGCCGCCCUUGGUCGCCGGGGUUUAGGGGCCCAGCCGCCCUGUGCAUCGCCUGGGGCGCACGAACCAGGAGGCGCUGGCUACAAACGUGAGGACGAUUUGUUCAAAAUGCUUGGGGCCUGCACACCAGGAGCCCGACCAGGCGGUGCCCGGCGAGUCUCGAAGAGGAAAGGCGGCAGAGAGUCCCGGAGUGAGAGGUCCGGCCUCAGGAGGAGCCGCCCCGCGCGCGUCCCCGCUCUGGGCCCGCAGCGGACGGCCGCCGCGUUCCAGCACCGGGCGGUCUGGGCGCACGCGAGCAUUCCUUCCUGCGUUCUUCACUUUUUCCGGAGUCCCGUGCGGAGGGAUUUAUGAAUCUCCGGGCGUUGACGCGCAAAUGAAAAGUUCAAAAGUUGAACUCCUCGGGCUAAAGUAAAUAGUUUCCUCGCGAACCCGCCGUGCCAGCCAGGCGACACCGGCGCCAUUCUGAGUCGGCUUAGCUAGACUGACUCCAUCUUGUUUUCUUCACUCGUUCCUCACCGCAGACCAGGCCGGGCCCGGGGUGGGGGAAGGUCACGGGCAGGGGUGGGUGCGGGGGCCCGGGCCCACCGGUAGCCCGCAGAGCUGUCCCACUGCAACCCCAGGGGCAGCCCGCUGCAGCAGCAUGGGGGUCUGGGCAGCCGGCUGGGCUAGGGGACCCCAGAGGACGCCUCGGAGGCCCGGAAUAAAGUCUGAUUGAGCAGAA